AUGAAAUCUUCAUCGGAACUAAUAUCAGAUAUGUUGAAAUCUUUUAAAUUGGAGGUUGCAAAAGAUGCUAUAUUUAUUGAUACUAAAUUAUGGGGUAGUUCUCCUACGAAAUCUGUCCAUAGUCAAUUAUCGGCUAUAGAUCCUUAUUCAACGUUUGCAGAAACACCUGGUAAUCUAGAUCCACUGAUUUUGCAUUCUUCCAAUUUAACAGAUUUCAGCAUAUCUGAAAUUAGUUCUGAUGAUAAAUUUUGGAUCUAUUGUGUGAAGUUCAUGGUUUUCUAG